AUGCCUUCAUCAGCAUCUAUUCCUACAAAUCCGAGCCUGAGGAUGGAGGUUGAGUCAGUCAGGUGCGAGUGCUGUGGGCUGGAAGAAGACUGCACCUGCGACUACAUAAGCAGUGUGAAGGCAGACUUCGGCGGUAAGUGGCUCUGCGGCCUCUGCUCGGAAGCCGUGAGAUAUGAGUUCGGCAAGGGGGAGAGGAAGAGCCAUGAGGAGGCCGUGAAGGCUCACAUAGCCUUCUGCAGGAGGCACAACUCCAACCCGGCCGUCCGCGUCGCCGACGGCAUGAAGCAGAUGCUGAGGAGGAGGUCUGGAAGCUUGUCGAAAGCAACGGCCGCCGAGAAAAAUGUCUAGUUGGGAAUCUGUUUUUCUCUACCACUGCAUGCGUUGCUUGUUGUAAUGUGCAAAGCAUUUGAUCACUAGGAAAUUAAAAUCUGUUGAAAUUGUUAUUUUGUAGCUA